AUGGCAUUCCAUUUCGCGAAAGAUGAUGAGUAUAUGCUUCAUGUCAGUGCGUCGAGUGAAGCCAUAUCGUGCUUUACGCACGGACUGGGCAUGGGCCCUGACCCUCUCGAACUGCACUGGGAUAUGACGACCACACACAACUCCAAGUGGAAUCAAAGAGUAAUUGAUAUUCUCUGUUCCCAGUAUACUUGCACAUUUGAGACAAACCAAUUGGCCUCAAGAUCUCCUCAGUCCAUCAAAAACGAUAUUACAAAGAAAUUCAAUCAAUGCCGCAAUUCCUGGAGAAAAGCCCAGCCUCGUGUGCUCAGCGAUGGCACUUGUGAGACUAUGCAAGAAGUAGGAGACCGACUCGUGGAUCAGACCAACAAGCGAUUGCGGGUCACUAGGGUCCUCACUCACAGGGCGACGAAGUUCGAAACUUGUAAGAAAAUCACGUCGGCCCUGCUCAGUGACAGGAUAGUGACUGGAAAGGAUGACCAGGCUGUAUGGGCAUAUCUACAAUCCCUUGUGGAGACUCUUGGCAAAGAUGGCAUGAGCUCUGAUGAGAGUGAGCAUGAAGAUGGUGAAGUUCAGCGGUUGGCGGGUGUCGUGAACUUCACUCCCCGCGGAAGCAAACCCGCAAAGCAUUUUCGCAACGCGAUCCAAGAGUCUUCUCGCCCAGCAAUCGAAGGCUUACCGAGGGUGUUAUACAAUUCAUUAUGGUUGAAUGACCAAUCUCCUUCAUUCACAGUAUCUGACAAGAAGCUUCAGAGGAUGGAAAUUAUCCUUUCCCGCCAGUGA